AUGCCAGGCGAAGAGAUUAUCACCAUCGUCAACAACUCGGGGAAGAUCAUCAGCACGGGGAGGCAGCUGAUGGGCAUCUUCAAAGAUGCCAAAGCUACAUACCGCGAGAGGAAAGAAGCCGCAAAGGCGGAGCGCGACUUCCAGAACGGCAGCUAUUCCUCCGGGCGAUCACGCGGAGAAGUUCAUAUCACAGUUCCCCGAGGUCGAGGAUACGAUGAAUACGACUCCCGGGGUCCCAUCAAGAAGCUCGACGGCGGCAACAUUAGGGAUCGCAAGCUUCUCGGCGACAGCAGUGGACGCCGCAAAUCCCACGAUGAUGACACCCGUUCCUUCGCUUCUCGCUACACCUCCGCUUCGCGCAGUAAGUCCCACCGCAAGCGAUCAUCGUCCCAAGCCCCGACUCCCUCGACAGCCCUGACGGAGGGCAAUCUCAAAACUUACACGGAGAUAUCGGCAACAGCUCCAUCGAAGCCGCCAAAGGGGUACAGCAAGGAUUUGGAACUUGCCAGCCGACCACCCCUCAACUACGCCAACACCAUGCCCGCCAGCCCGACCUUCGACGUCGCCGCUUCAGGAAGCAGGAGUCGCAACCCCUUUAAACGUCACCAUACCGAAGCUCCGCCCUCGAAGAACAAGAACAAGGAUCGAGACCACGACCUAGCCUACGGCGACCUCCCUCCCGACCUGCACCUGCGCGACGACCUCGACCGCGGCCGUCACCGCUCCUCCCACGAUAACAACCACUCCUACCCCGUCCCACCCCAGGGGAUCCCCACCUUCGCCCCCGACUUGACGCCCCAAGAACCCGAGCAGAAAGAAGCGCUGGAUCUCAUCUCCCGCAUCGAAUCCUUCCUCAUCGAGGCGCACUGCAUGCAGGCGUCGGCGUCGUCCAUGAUCGAGAAUUUGCAGCAGAAUCCCGAAGCUGCGGCGGCUGUUGCGCUGUCGCUGGCUGAGCUUAGCGCCAUGAUCGGGAAGAUGAGCCCUGCUUUCUUGGCGUUUUUGAAGGGUGGCAGUCCGGCGAUUUAUGCCUUGCUUUGUUCGCCGCAGUUCUUGAUUGGCACUGGCAUUGCCGCCGGAGUGAUGGUGGUUAUGUUUGGCGGGUGGAAGAUCAUUAGGAAGAUUACGCAGGGGAAUGCGAAACAGAAGGAGGCGGCGGUGGAGAUGAAUGCGGUGUCUGGGAAUGGGAGUGGGCCUGCUAUGGGCGCCAUGGGAUUUGAUGCAGGGGCAAGGGCUGGUGCUGCGGGAGGGCAUGAAGAUGCGCUGGUGCUGGACGAGGAGCUGAGCACCAUUGAGUGCUGGAGACGCGGGAUUGUGGUAACGGGUGAGGAGGAGGCCGAGGUGGAGUUGAGGAGUCCGGAGGCGGAUAAGGCGCUGAGACAGAAGUAUAAGGAGGAGGUGGAGGUCAGCCCGGAUGAUUCGGUCUCUCAGGUGGGAUUGGCGAGACGGAUGACGGUCAAGAAGGAGUAUAAGCCGAGUGGAUUGAGGGAGAGGUUGAGGGAUGCCGUGGGGGGGCAUUCGGAUAAGGAGCGGGAUGGGAAGGAGAAGGAGAGGGACAGCAAGGAUCGCGACAGCAAAGACAAGACCAGCAGCAGCAGACGCCACCGCGACGACCUCGACAUCCCCGACCGCAAGUCCUCGCGCGACAAGAAAGACAAAGCCACCAGCGAAGUCGGCGCCUCCUCCCAAGUUUCCUACCGCAGCUCCCGCUCUCACCGCACAAGCACUCGCAGCGAAGCCGGCGGUGGGUCCUCGUCUCGCUCCAAGCUAGACAGAGAGAGGGAGAAGGACACCAAGGAAAGAGAAAGAAAGACGGCUUCGAGAGUCGGGACCAGCAGCAGCAAGGAGGUGAAUCUGGAUGAUGGAGACAGCGGAAAGAAGAAGAACAACAUGAUUAAGUCGCUGUUCAAGAAGAUGAAGGAUAAGGAGGAUGAGAAGAUCGCCACCAAGGAGAGGGACGAGAGGCGGGAGAAAGAUGGGAAGGAAAGGGAGAGACGGACCUCCAAGGAGGGACAUGGAGAGCGCCAUGUGAAGAGGGCUGCGAGUGUGGCGAACUAA